UAACACUGCAGGUCCAAUGCUGGUAGACAUGUGAGUGUCUGACUUUUAGAAAAACAGAGGGGCUAAUGUGUUAUGUGGACAGAACCACGCACGCAGACUGGCAUGCAGGCUCCUGAAUGAAAAAGGAUCAGCGCCUUAAGAUCAGGGUGGCACCAACAACAUGGGGCUUGUGGUUUGGAUGUGCUGGCUGCUGGCUCUCCCACUGCUCCAGUCUGCCAAGAUCCUGACUGUCUGCCUAAUUGGAGGAAGCCACUACUUGUUGUUUGACGAGAUCUCCCAUAACUUCCACCUGCACGGCCACGAGGUCCGCAUGCUCCUGCAACUGGGCAACCCUCUUAUUACAGGUUUGUCCUAUGCUAGUCGCAAUGGGAGCUACCAGACCACCACUUGGUCCCUAGGAGAAGAUUACAUUAAACAAUACAACGGCUGGUUCUUGGAGCAGCAAGCACAGUUUUUACUGGGACGGGACAGCUUUAAUGGCUUUUUGAACUUCAUGGGCCACCUUUCCUAUCAGUGUGACAAGCUCUUAGGAGACAGCGAUCAAAUAACGUUCCUCCAGAGUGAGCAAUAUGACAUCGCUAUCCUGGAUGCUUUUAACCCCUGCUCCUUCAUCAUAGCACACAAACUUGGUGUCCCCUACAUAGCCUUCUAUCCCGGGCCUCUGAACGGACCGCUGGCCAUAGCCAUCCCGUCCUCCAUCUCCUCAGUGCCAGCUUUCAGCUCCCAGUUGUCUGACCGUAUGGACCUCUGGGGUCGUGCGAAGAACUUCAUCUACUCUCUCCUGGGUGCUGUAGGCCAGCAAAUUGUUUGGUCCAUAUUCAAGGACGUAGCUGAGCGCCACCUCAACUCGGGAUCCCCCCCGGGUGGGCUGGACGAGUUCCUCCAGAAGGCUGAACUCUGGGCCUUCAACACAGAUUUUUCCUUGGAGUUCCCCCAGCCUCUCUUGCCUUCCACCGUGUUGAUCGGGGGUCUCCUCAAUAAACCUGCUGAGCCUCUGGAUCAGGAUCUUGACUUGUGGAUCUCCAGUUUUGGAGAGUCAGGUUUCAUCGUUGUGACCAUGGGAUCGAUGGUCUCUUCUGUUUCUGUAGACCGGCUUCUGGUAGAGCUGGUAGAUGGCUUCUCUGUAAUUCCCCAAGGCGUGAUCUGGAGGUACAACCACGAGCGUUGGCCGCCUCACCUGAGUAAACCUUCCAAUGUCCUACUUGUGGACUGGCUGCCUCUCAAUGACUUGCUUGGACACAAAAAGGUGCGCCUCUUCAUCACCCACGGAGGUCAGAACAGUCUUCUUCAGGCAGUGUAUCACGGCGUCCCCGUGCUGGGCAUCCCACUGUUUGGAGAUCAGUUUGACAACGUGGUGAGGGCUGAAGCAAAGGGCUUGGGCCUCGCCAUCAGCCCCACGCGGAUCACUGGCGAGCUGCUUAGCGCCACCAUCCAAACUGUCAUACAGGACGUCAGGUUCAAGUCGGCAGCUUUGUCCCUCAGCCGCAUCCAUAGAUCGCAGCCCAUGCCCCCCGCACUUCGACUUGUGCGAUGGGUGGAGCACAUCCUGCACAGCGGAGGGGGAGCUCACCUGAGGCUGGCCUCGCUGCAGCAGCCGUGGUACCAGAGAUGCCUGCUGGACCUGCUUCUCCUCGUCCUGAUGGGCCUUGCCGGGGGCAGUAGCUUUAGCAGGGACGCCCAGACUUCCCUCUACCCAGCCACUUCAUCCAGCUCUUCCGUGGGGGAUCCCGACGUAGUCUCUCCAGCGUGUCCUGGGUCGUCCCCUGGGUCUCCUCCCGUUGGCAUGUGCCCGGAACACCUCACCGGGAAUCAGAUACCCCAGCCACCUCAUCGGAGUCCUCUCGAUGUAGAGGAGUAGCGGCUCUACUCUGAGAUCCUCCCGGAUGACCGAGCUUCUCACCCUAUCUCUAAGGGAGAGCCCGGACACGCUGCGGAGGAAACUCAUUUCGGCCCCUUGUAUCUGGGAUCUUUUUCUUUCGGUCACGACCCACAGCUCGUGGCCAUAGGUGAGGGUAGGAACGUAGAUCGACCGGUAAAUUGAGAGCUUCGCCUUUCGGCUUAGCCCCUUCUUUACCACAAUGGACCGAUACAAAGUCCGCAUCACUGCAGACGCUGCACCGAUCCGCCUGUCGAUCUCCCGUUCCAUUCUUCCCUCACUCGUGAACAAGACCCCAAGAUACUUGAACUCCUCCACUUGGGGCAGGAUCUCAUCCCCGACCACUCGGCUGCGAACUGCUCCAGUGAGAGUUGAAGAUCACGGCUUGAUGAAGCCAACAAAAAAAAGUUUGGGCAAACUCCCAUGCACCCUCGAGGACCCUGCCGACGGUGUAGAGCUGGUCAACUGUUCCACGGCCAGGACGAAAACCACACUGUUCCUCCUGGAUCUGAGAUUCUACUUCCCGACGGACCCUCCUCUCCAGCACCCCUAAAUAGACCUUACCAGGGAGGCUGAGGAGUGUGAUCCCCCUGUACUUUGAAAACACCCUGUAGUUGGACCACCACCCUAGUCUGCCAAUCCAGAGGCACUGUCCCCGAUGUCCACGCGAUGUUGCAGAGGCGUGUCAACCAGGACAUCCCCACAACAUCCAGAGCCUUUAGGAACUCCGGGCGAAUCUCAUCCACCCCCGGGGCCUUGCCACCGAGGAGCUUUUUAACCACCUCUGUGAUCUCAACGCCAGGGAUAGGAGAGCCCGCCUCAGAGAACCCAGACUCUGCUUCCUCAUGGGAAGGUGUAUCGAUGAAAUGCUACAGUGGGAAAAAAAAAAAAAAUCACAUUCAGUGUCGCAUGCUGUUGUGUUUUUUUAAGAGAUACUGUAGAUAGCUUUGACAAAACUUUUAAUUAAGUAUUUGUGUUUUGUUUCUUCCCACUACUGGACACAGACGUCUUUGUACAACACUGCCGCAUUGUCCCACACCUCCAUGCUGUUUUGACCUGACUGUGCUACAAGCAGGGGGGCAUAUUCAAACAGACUUAUUGUGCCAUUACCCACGUAAGCACACCAGUGCGUACUAUUGUGUAUGAGUGCACGUGAGUUUGGGGGGCGGCUAGCCUUGUGGCCUCUAGGGUCUUAUUUUGGCACCCACACCUGCAGGCCUCAACUCUGACCCGCGCGGCCUCCUGCUUGUUGGCGCAGUCUGCUUCCCACUCCUACACGAGGCUCAGCAAUGUUCACGGUCAGCGCUCACUCCGCAGUGGAGAGCAGAAAAGGUCUUGGAGGACCUCCCUCCUCCCCUUCCACUGCCCUUCUUCCCACCCCUUACAUCUGUGUUGGGGGGAAAAGAUAAAUUAGCAAGCAAAGAAAAGACCAAUUAGAACGGCAUGUUCUCUCCCCCAUUCAGCUGUCCAAUCCUUCAUGCCAUCUCUUCCUUUCAUUUGUCUGGCAGUUGUAGGUGCCAGUAUGUCUUCCUCUGCCUCGCACGCAAUCCCAAGUGGGCAGGGCGAAGCGGGACCAAGCAUAAUAUAACAGCAAGUGAGGGGACAGAUAAUAAUGGCGAAGGAGAAAAAACACAAAAGAUGAAGAAGGCGCUGAAGCAGAAGAGGAAUGGAAGCAAACAAGUUAGACGAGAGGAGGGGAAGAAUCUGACGAGCAGUUGGCAUGAAAUGUUAAAAAAGGAAAACAGUACAAUUCGGUGUGAAACAACACAUUCACACGUCUAUAAUCAGGUACUUUACAGAGGCAGUAAAAUCAGUGUGGUUAUGUGCAGUGUUUCAUUGCCUGCAUUACAACACAGCUAAUAAUUUAAUCGUGGGAUUAACACUCCUCGUUCAUUUUAAGUCUCAGUUAAGUGAAAAUACAUGUCUUCUAAAUUUGACACACAAGAGAGAGAAGUAUUGUUAAUAGCAGUGCAACAAUUAGUCGACUAAUUCAAUAUCAAAUUAAUCGAUUAAUCGGUUUGAGGCAUUUUUUUACUUAAUGUUUUCCAAAUCCUCUGAUUUCAGCCUCUCAACAGUAAAUAUUCUCAGAUUUCUGUAGUCCUCCAUGAAAGAAGACGGAUUAUCUUUGUGUUCAAUCAAAAUCAUCUGUUUUGAUUUUGGAAAGCAAUGAUCAACAUUUUCCAUAUUUUCUGACAUAUUAUGGACCAAACCAGUAACUGAAUCAAAAUAAUUUAUGGAAAAAAGUGUCAGUUUAUUGUAUUACCAAAUUAAUUGUAAUUGACGUGCAUUUGAACUUGAAACAGUCUCAGACUUGUACAUCAAACUCAGAAUCAGAUUCAUCUUUAUUUGCCAAGUAUGUCAAAAACACAAGGAAUUUGUCUCCGAUAGUUGGAGUCGCUCUUGUACGACAUUCAUUCAUUCAUUCAUUCAUUCAUUUUCCGUACCGCUUAUCCUCACUAGGGUCGCGGGCGUGCUGGAGCCUAUCCCAGCUAUCUUCGGGUGAGAGGCGGGGUACACCCUGAACUGGUCGCCAGCCAAUCGCAGGGCACAUAGAAACAAACAACUAUUCGCACUCAUUCACACCUAAGGGCAACUUACUGUCUUCAAUUAACCUACAAUGCAUGUUUUAGGAAUGUGGGAGGAAACCGGAGUACCCGGAGAAAGCCCACGCAUGGCACUGGGAGAACAUGCAAACUCCACACAGGCGAGGCCGGAUUUGAACCCGGGUCCUCAGAACUGUGAGUCAGAUAUGCUAACCAGUUGGUCACCGUGCCGCCUCUAGUAAGACAGUAGACAGCCAUUUUAAUACUUUUGAGACAUCAAAACACACUACGGAGAAUCACUGAACAAUGAGAGGUUACCGGUAAUGUGGUAAUGCUGAUACAAUUACAGUUGUGCAAAUGACACAGUCCUCUACCAAUUUAAUGGCAAGAGGGAAGAAGCUGUUGGAAUGUGUGCUACCGGUAGUUUUAGUUUGCAUUGUUCGAUAGCGCGUACCUGAGGGAAGGAGCUAGAAGAGGUGGUGACCAGGAUGUGGAGGGUCCAAGAAGAUUUUGCAUUCUCUUGUUUUAGUUCUGGGAGCGUGCAAGUCCUUCAGGGUGGGUAAGGAGGUACUGACAAUUUUCUCGGCAGUCCUGAUUGGUCGUUGCAGUCGGAGUUUGUGGCCUUUUUUGUGGCAGUACCAAACCAGACUGUGAUGGAUGAACACAGGACUCAGGACUGAUUAAAUGACUGCUGUGUAUAACUGCCUCAAUAGCUCCUGUGGCAGGCCCUGCUUCCUCAGAAGCCGCAGGAAGCACAUCCUCUCCUGUGCCUUUUUGAGGAUGGAGUUGAUGUUGGUCUCCCACUUCAGGUCCUGAGAGACUGUAAUUCCCAUCACUCUCUUUUGUAUGAUACUGCUCAAUUGUUGUAGUUUUUUUUGUUUGUUUCUGUUAGUUCGCGAGCAACUGUUGUUGAUCCAUGGAAAGCCCUGUGAUGGCCUGUUGGGCUAUAUUUCAGCCACUGGAGGCUAUAAGUGGCUAUAUUUUCACAGGUCAAACAUGUAGGGACGUGUAGGCAUAAAAAAGUUGCUAAACGAAGUAUCAUCCAUUUUUCAGCGAGGAGUGGUUUCACAAAUUCAGCAGACACGCCCACAGUGUUUAACUUAAGAGACAACUUGUUUUUUCAAUAUCAUAUGAAAGAGAGUGAUGUAAUCAAACUUUUGACAGGCAGUGAGCUUGUCUGCCGUGUCACCUCCUCACUUGGGAAUUUAAAAAAAAAAAAUGACACCAAGCCAUUCUGUAUAUUGUUGCAUCCAGGGAAGAUGCCUUUUUGAGGCGUAGGCAUAGCUAGCUAGCUAACUACACGCUGUAGCGGUAGAAAUGGGUGAAGUAAUAAUAACUAAGGGACUUGCAACUGUGCCGGAUAACCACUGAUGUAAGCGAGUGAUGUAAACGCUCAAGCCAGACUCCAAAGUGCAUCACUGGCCACUGUUUUAUCGAUGCUCCAAAAAAUCUGGACAACUGAAAUGAUGAAAAACUGUUUAAAGCUAUACCUCCACAAUUGAUGACUACAUAGUUUUCAGUCUUUGCACACUUUCAGCAAUUAUCUUCAAACACAUAUAAUGUAUUUAGAAGCAAAUCUCUGAAGUCACUUUACAGGGUCCCCAAUCAUCAUGUCUACUGUGCAAAUCACUAAGUUACCAACCCUAAUACUGAUAAAUUUCGACAGUGGAACAUCUCAAAAGUGGUACAAUUUAUAGAGUUUUAUAGAGAAUUUUCUGGUGGGGUUGGGGGGGAAUGUCUUCGAACAUUGAAACAUGGGAGUUCAAAGCAUCACCAUUUGUGAUGCCGUGACUCUUGGGAGACUUGACCUCAGUGUGCGUCUAAAGCAGUGAUUCCCAAUCACUAUGUCACGGCACAUUAGUGUGUUGUUUAGAAAGAAAUAUAUAUAUAUUAUGUAUUAUAAAGUAAAUAUUUAUGGCAAAUUAUGUUUUUGUUCCUCUAUCUAUGCCAGUGACAUAUAGUGCCAGGCAGAACAAUUAAAAAAUAAUUCCAAUAAGAUGUCAUAUGGAACAGUUAACCUGUGUAGCCACCUGUUGCCAUUUUUACAACAGAAUAGGGAUAGAUUUCACACUGGGUAAGGACAUAUGUGAGCAAAUUGAGCUGAAAUAAUAAUGAUUAUUCGGAGCAAACGUUAUUUAGCUGCAAUCUGGACGCAGAGGGGUGAAACACUACAUCAAAGCCAAAUGGUAAAUGGAGCCGUUUUUGUUGUUGUUGGUUCCCCCCCCCCCCCCCCCCCGAUGAACGGAUUGGUGUUAGCUUUACUUCUGAUGAGCUGCACUCCAUGAAAACUUAAAAAAACAAAACAAGCAGUAGUGUAUAUUUAACUAACCAACUAGUGUAUAUUUAACUAACCAUUGAAGUGGAAUUAGCACUCAUUGAUUUAUGGAUUUUGUUUGACUUUGGAGGCUCUGCUGUAUUUACGUCAUAAAGCAUUCAUAAUAAAACAAUUACAGAAUGCAAAUAACAAAUAAUGUUAAUGCAGAGACACUGUAUAUAUGUAUUCUUCCCGAUAUUUACCGUUCUAUACGGUUUGUUACUUCCAAAGUGUUUUUCACUUUCCCACUAAGAGACAUGCUCUUUCCAGCCUUUCGGAUCAAGAAUAGGCAAGAUCGAUCCAUUUUAUUUUUUUAAAUGAAAAAACGUGACAUGAUUUACUUACAAUGUUUAAGAGUCAGGUUCUGGUUUGUAAAGAGUCCUCAAUGAAGUCAAUGUGGACGUUUUUGACAUGCACGGGGAGAACAUGCAAAACUACACACAGGAAGGUUUGAGCUGAGAUUUGAACUCAGAAUCUUAGAACAUUAAGGCAG